AUGGCGCUGCCGGCCGCGUCGCUGGUGCCCGACGUGCCGUCCAUCCUGAAGCAGCGGCCGCCUGCUGACGGCGACGCUGAGGGCGACGAUGAGUUCCUGUGCCAGCCGCCCCCAGGGCAGCUCGUCGGUGAGGAGGACGAGGACGACGAGACCAGCGUCGAGGACGUGGCCGAAGGAUCUCAGUGGCGCCUCUGGCGGGGCAGCACUCCUCCCCCCAGCCUGCGGGGAUCUGACCCCGACAGCCCCACAACGUUGUGCCAGCUGCCGGUCUCCACCAUCAGGGUGACAACAUUUAGUAUCAUUGGGUGAUGAUAUGCCUGUUGCCCGCGCCCUGGGACU